AAGGAGUGUCUGGUGAGCUCGUCUGGAUGCCUGUCCUCAUUCUGCUUUCUCACCUGUAGCCUGAAAGCUUGACACAUGCCACACAGGUGUGUGGGGGUGACAAAUGGACCUGCUGCACGAAGACUAGAGGCACAGAUGUGUAAAAGAAGCAACAUAUCAUAAUGACCUAGGAUAUGUGACUGUUGCCAAGAGACAAAUGGAGGUUUUGACACACGAGCUUCAAACCAGCUCUAUUUCAACAGAAGGCUAUGUAUUCUUGGAGUGAAUGACCGGCAAGGUGAGGCAAUGAGCUUAACAACAAGCCCAGCUCUGGUCCCAGACAAGGACAGCCUCCCAUUGAAAAAGAGAGACCAAAGAGUGAGCUCCCCACAGCAGCAGCAGAGGCAGCAGCUGCAGUGUGACGCCACAAACUUCAAGGCACCCUAUCCAUACAGAAGCCACAGUGAUUUAAAGACAAAACACAUGGGUCUGUUUCGACCUGUGCCAAGGCGGGUUACAGCCCUAUACCAACCCUGGAUGCAAAUACACGCCCCUCCAAGGCCCAAACAGAACAUCCCGUCUGCUUUCAGAGAGCCCCAUGGUUGGGCAGAGUGGAGAGAAUUCUGUCCACUGCCUCCAGUGUGGGACUAUUCCCAUCAGUACCCUCUGCAAAAUCAUUUAUCUGGAACACGUUCUCUCCAGUCAGGACGUCCACAUUAUCUCUCUAGUUUCAGCGAUAACCCUAACUCCGAGGGCAUGCACAGAGGAGGAGGAGGCUGGGAGCGGCUGAAGACGUUAAAAGACAGAACCUUUGGCACACAGAGAGGUCCCUAUGCGAGGAGAGGAGAAAGAAGAACUGAUGAUCUACUCAGGGCUGGAAAAGGAGGCACCUACCUACCUCAUUCCACACAUGAGGACACCCCUUUGAAGCAAAAUUCAUCAUUCAAAUCAACAAAAGCCAUAUCUGUGUCUGGACAAUCCCUCAUCAGAGUUUCCCCUGACAACGUAAAUGGCACAUGUACUUCCACUACAGGAGACAGGCCAAGAUCUCCCGUUUUCCCAUCCUCCACACACACUUCUUUCUCUCCCACCUCCCAUAAUCACUUCCCCUGGCUGCUUCCCCACUUUGUUGCAGGGUCUUUGAUCGAGCUCAGAGACGGGCGACUGAGGAGGGUGGAGAACCUGCAAACCGAGGACUUUCUGCUCGGCUCUCUGGCCUGUCCAGACCUGCGCUUGAGUUGCUGCACGGUACAAAGCAUCUCCCCCUCUGCCUCUGCCUCCUCCUCCUCCGUCUCCCGCCUCCUCAUCCUGCUACACGAGCAGCAGUCCCAAGAGUUGGUGGAUGUGUAUGUGGAGUACCCAUUCUUUGUGCGCGGAGAGGGCUGGUCAUCCUGCAGCCCUCAGAGGACCGCCCUACUUUGUGGCCUGCAGUGCCGCCAGCUCAGUGUGGGAGAUGUCUGCUUGGCCCUCACGCCCGUCUCUACUCCCGACCCACUACUGUCAGAUUCCCUGGGGCCAAAAACUGCACCCAAAAAGUCAGAGGACAGAUAUGAUUCCCUGAAGGCAAACACUGCCCUGUGCAGUCAGGCUCCACCUGAGCUGAAGGAGCUCACAGGGGAGCAAAGAAUGGAGACUAAGGUGUCCCGCAGGAGGCACUAUUCAGCCCCAUGAGAUUAGACCACUAGGGGUAAUUGAACUACAGGAAAUGGUUUUCACAAGAUUUACAGUGCCUUACAACAGUAUUCCCACCUCUUGAACUUUUUCACAUUUGUCACAUUAAAACCACAAAUAUCAGAAUAACAUAUUGGGAUUUUAUUGGACUGACCAACACAACAUAAUCAAGAAGUAGAAAAAAAACACUAGAUGAUUUCCAAUUUUUUUUACAAAGUUACAAGUUUACAAAAUCUGAAAAGAGUGGUGUGUUGCACACAUCUUUUUACACAGAUAACCCAUCAUAAAAUCCUGUGGUGUCAGUUUAAUUAAGAAGUCACCAAGUUAGUGAACAGAGUCCAACUUGUGUAGUUAAAUCCUACUGCUCUGUGUAGGCCUCUGGGUUUUGUUGAAGAACAUUUGUGAACAACAUCAUCAUGAUGACCAUAGAGCAAGUUAUGUCUGAAAUGGAAUCCUUGUUAAAAGUCUGCCACUAGCAAUUGAGGGGACACAGUAAACUAAUGGAGAAAGCUCCUCUGAUCAGAAGAGACCAAAUUUGAACUUUAUCCCUCACACUGCUCAUCGCUGUAACCAUGUGGUGGUGGCAGCAUCAUGCUGUGGGGAGGCUGUCCCUCAGCAGAGACCAGGAAGCUGGUCAGAUAUGAUAGGAAGAUGCAUGGAGCUAAAUGACUGGAAGAAAACUUUCCAGAGACUGCAAAAUACUUAACACUUUGGUGAUGGUAACCUUACAGCAGGAUAUCUUUGUUGGGUUGAUCCACUCAAAGUCCAUAUCCAAAUCCAAAUGAGAAUAUGUGGUGAGACUUGAAAACUGCCAUCAUAGCAAUCUGACUGAACUUAAACAGUUUUCAAAGAAAUACAGACAUUACUUUCAGUCUCUAGAUGUUAAAAGCUGGUAGAGACAAAGCCUAAAGGGACCUUCAGCUGCAGUUGUAGCAAUUGGUGGAUCACACAGUAUUUACUCAGGACAGUUGAAUACAAAUGCAUGUUCAACUUCUGAGAUUUUUAUUUUUAAAAAUAAAAUGGAAACUAUGAAUCAUUUUCUAUUAUGAACAAGUUUUGUUUUGUUUUCCAUCACACAACGUCCCGAUACAUUUGUGGCUGUAAAGUGACAAAAAGGGGUAGAAAUGCUCUUGUAGGGCACCGUAGGUCUGGAAUUUCUUUUGACCUGUGCUGUAAUCAGCGUCUGUCUUUCUACCUCCUGAAUCAUGCUUCUGUACUUGACUAGUCAUUUUCAUUAGCUUUUAAAGUAGUCAACGUUAAAGAGGACAGCUGCAGUGAGCUCACCUCUCAGGGUUAUAGGUUAUGUAAAAUAUUGUUAGGUGUUAAUGAAGAACCAAAGCAUGAACUGAUGUUGCCUCGGUGAGUUGCACUGUUGAUAUUUACAGUAAACUUAUGAUUUUUUUGCUGUUCUGACUAUAUCAGCUCUUGUUCCUUUGAAAAGCACAUGCAAUUAUUGCCUCAGGUUUUUCACUGAAUUUAUAGUUCCAGUUCUCUACUGUCAAAUGAGUCCUUUAUCAGCCCGUUAAUUCUGUAUUGCAACUUUGUAAAGCUUCUACCUCUCUGUACAACUUAGGAUCCUUGUUUGUAAAUGUGACAUGACAUGAUGUGUUGGAAGCACCAGAGAGACUUGAUUUUUCUGGUUCAUUUAAGCUGAAUUUGUAUAAAAACACCCAAAUUAAUUCAUU